UAUUCUACUAUCUUGAAAGAGUGAUAUUUGUUAUUAUUGAUUGGAAAAAGGAGAAUCACAAAUCUUCAUUGGGAUUGGCUGUUGAUUAACAAUAUGUCAUUUGCUUCCCAGUUUCGGUACAAAGUGUUGCGACAAGAAGACGCCACAGAAGCUACCAGACAAUUAGAGUUGGACGUUAUUGCAGGUUUACAGUCACAACCUAAACAUCUUUCGUCUACCUACUUUUAUGACCAUGAAGGUAGUGCGUUAUAUCAACAAAUAACCGAAUUGGAUGAAUACUAUUUGACUCGUUGUGAAUUUGAGAUAUUAAAGACUCACGGUAGAAAGAUAUGUGAUCGUUAUUUUGGACACGGCCAACCUGUCAACUUGGUAGAGUUGGGAGCAGGUGAUGGAAGAAAAACUAGAGUUUUAUUAAAAGAGUUGUUGGAAGCUCAGGUUGAUUUCCAAUAUGUACCUAUUGACAUAUCGGAGUCUGCUAUGAAAGAACUUGUGAUUGGUUUAAAGAAUGAGUUUCAAGACAGCCACUUGCAGUGUUUUGGGUUAGUUGGAGACUACAAAGAUGGGUUACAGUGGUUAUCUUCCCAACAACACUUUAGAAAAAACUUUGUUCUUUUCUUGGGUUCUUCUAUUGGCAACUUUACUAGAGAGAAUGCUAUUCGCUUUUUACGUGGAUUGUCUCAGAUAUUAAGAGAUGGAGAUGAGUUGUUAUUAGGAGCUGACUUGUUAAAAGAUCCCACGAUGAUGACUCGAGCCUAUAUGGAUUCGAAACAAGUAACCACCCAUUUCAAUCUCAAUUUAUUGAAGCGUAUCAAUCGCGAGUUGGAAGCGGACUUUGAUUGUAGUCAGUGGUAUCAUUAUGCGUUUUAUCGAAGUGAUAUUCAGGCAGUGGAAAGUCAGUUGAUUUCCAAAGUCCCUCAACAAGUGUCUAUCGGUUCUUCAGGAUUGCGUUUUUCGUUUGCCGCUUUUGAAUCUAUUCAUACCGAAUAUUCUCACAAAUAUCUUUUACAAGAGUUGGAAGAGAUGGCUGCUUAUUCCGGUAUGCAGUGUUGUGAGUUUUUGUUGGAUGAAAACAAGUGGUUUGUGGACUGUAUUUGGAAAGUUGAUUGUCACAGCAAAGGUUUCCGUAGUUGAUUUUGGACGACGACAACAACAAUAAAGUCAAAAUAUGAAGAAAACUAGUUGCUGCAAGUAAUAAAUACAAGUGUUUUGGG